AUGGACUACACCAUGGACGCAGAAGAUAAAGUUCUAGUUACCAAGUUUGAAGAUAUAAAUGUAAAUGAUUUGAAUAAUUUCUUUCAAGACAUGUUUAGCUUGAAAGAUUUAUGUGAUGACUUUGUAGAACUAUUUAAGAAAGAGGAAAGAUAUUAUACCAAUGAAGAGAAGUAUAAUGAAAUUCUAGAUGAAGAAGUUGAAGUGCUAAAUUAUAUCCAUCAAUUAUCUGAAGAAAUAAGAGAAGGAUACGAAGAAGUAAUAGCAGCGUUUUAUAGUAGAAGAAUAGAAAGAAAGAAAGAGAGAUUAAUGAAAGCUUUUAAAGAGGUUGAAAAGAAACCAAAACACCCCAAAGAAGAAGACAAGUAA